ACCUAUUCUCAUAUUCUAUUUCUAUCACUUACUUUAUAUAUAUAUAUAUAUAUAUAACUCCUCUUUCCUCUUUAAUUUGUCCUUAUUUCUAUAAUCAUGCCUGCUCAAUUGAUGCCUGAAAAAACAUUUGCAAGAGUUCAUUCCAUGGGCAAAGAAACUACUUCUCCAAGCUUUACUAAAAGGUUAGAAGGAAAGGUCGCGAUUGUAACAGGUGGAGCUAGAGGAAUUGGAGAGGCUACAGUGCGACUCUUUGCGAAACAUGGAGCCAAAGUUGUAAUAGCAGACGUAGAAGACAUCCUAGGCAAUACAUUAGCAAAUAUGUUGUCUCCUUCAUCAUCAGUAACUUAUGUUCAUUGUGAUGUUACAUCUGAAGACGAUAUCAAGAACUUAAUUGACUCGACGAUGGCCAAAUUCGGACACCUCGACAUUUUAUUCAACAAUGCUGGUGUCCUAGGGAGUCAAUCAAGCCAAAAGAAGAGAAUAGUUAAUUUUGACCCUGACGAAUUUGAUUGUGUCAUGUCCGUUAAUGUACGUGGAGCCGCGUUAGGAAUGAAGCACGCGGCUCGUGUUAUGAUCCCACAAAGCCACGGCUGCAUCAUUUCAACGUCUAGUGUGGCCGGUGUCUUGGGAGGACUCGGGCCACACACGUACACGGCUUCCAAGCACGCGAUAGUAGGGCUAACGAAGAAUGUCGCAUGCGAGCUAGGGCGUUAUGGGAUUCGAGUUAACUGUAUUUCACCAUUUGGGGUGGCUACAUCUAUGUUGGUUAAUGCAUGGAGCCAUAGUGAUGAUGAAGAAGAAGGGGAAAUGAAUAUUGGUUUGCCUAGUGAAAAAGAAGUGGAGAAAAUUGAAGAAUUUGUGACGAGUUUGGGGAAUUUAAAAGGGACAACUUUAAAGGCUAAAGAUAUUGCUGAGGCAGCUUUAUAUUUAGCAAGUGAUGAAUCAAGAUAUGUGAGUGGUCAUAAUCUUGUUGUGGAUGGUGGUGUUACUACUUCAAGAAAUUGUGUUGGUUUGUAAUGAAUUUUUUUUUUUUCUUUUUUGGUGGGGGAGUGGGAGGGUGCGGGGGGAUUGAUUAGUAAAAUUGGAUUUCUAACUUAAUUAAAGAGCUUAACAUAUAGAUUCGUUGGGUUGAUGUAAUUUCUUCCUUUUUGUUUCUUCUCCAAUUUGAUUGAAGAAAUUAAUUAUAAGUUUGUCAGCUUAACUAGUUGACCUUUUGCC